AUGUCCACCGAACAUUCUAUCACAGCUCUUUCCCGUAUCACAAAGGGGGGUCGUGCAACAUUUGUGGUCGGAACUGCUGUGGCUGUUGGUUUAAUAGGUACUUUAUGGCUCUACUGGAAAAAGAGCGAUGUUGCUAACGGUAGCGGUGGUGGUGAUGGUCGUAGUAUCCGGCAUGGGGUACUUGGCUUUCCAGCUCAUGAGGAUCCCCAUCGCGCCAUGCAGGUCGUCUUGGAUACCAUCCGCCAGGGGAAGAUUGGGACCCUUGGCGAGCUUGUAAAUUUCCUACGCGGUCCGCCCGAUGAGACUUUGGAGGGGGAGAGGCAUCCUAACGCUUACCGUAUUCGAGUCCCCGAGGCGUUUAUCCACUUUCUUCAAGAAAGCUACCUCCCCGCGACGAGACACAUUGAUAAGAUGACUCCUGAAGCUGCUUCUGCGGACCCGAAUAAACCUCGGAACUCCUCGCCGGUGGUGGAGCGAAAUAUGAUGUUGCAGCUUCUUGGGGCGGAUAUGAGCCUACGUUGCCUGGAGAUCGAGCGCAGUACGCCCUUUGACAACAACAACCACGACCACCUCAGUCUUCUCCAGCAGCUUUGGGUGGCUAUAGGGAGGCCACUCUCGACCUACAAACGCACAGGCGAGCACUGGGAACAACUGGGCUUCCAAGGUGAGGAUCCCGCCACGGAUCUUCGAGGUGGCGGCGUCCUGGCUCUCCGGCAGUUGGUUCAUUUCGCGAAGCGUCAUCCUUCCGUCAUCCGCGAGAUGAUCGCAUAUAACGAAAAAGUCCGUGAGGAUGGCGGGGAAAGCUGGUACCUCACCGCUGUUGUGAGCAUCCAGUUCACGGCGCAACUGCUCCUGCAGUGCGACCGUCACUUCUACCUCCCGCAUCUCGAGGUGCUCUACGAUACCAUAAACUUAUCCGCGCAGCAGGGGAACGACGCGGCGGAGAAAGGGGAAUCGCCGGCGGCAAUCGGGGACUCUCCUGGAGAGGCAAACCUCGUUUCGCGGCGAUCCCUCGCGGGAAGCUCGCGCUUCCGGAAUACCUCGCUUCGAAAAAUUCACUCGCCCGAAAUUUGCAAGCUAUGGUCCUCGGGGUUGCCUAGCGACGCGGAGGUGGGGCUUUUCCUGUUGCACGAGUCCCUUUUAUUAUUUUUUAAGGAGUGUUGGGAGCGUGAUAAGCCGCAUGUGAUGUCCUACAACACGUAUAUGGAGAGUGUAGUGUAUCCUAGUUUCUUUUCUAGCAGCUGGGCACCUCGCGUGGGGCUGCACAUUAGCUAA